UUGAAUGCAGUCUUAUUGUCCUCAAAGCUGGCCCUUUACUACCUGCUCUCAUAUCACUCCCCUACAUUAACAUCUGCAGGCCUCAUCGUCAUUACUAUGUCGCUGACUCUUGGAGAUGCCGAGGUGGGGAGUUAUUUGGCCUUAAUCGCCCGUCGUUAUUACAACCGACUCGUGCACCCAACUGAACCAAAGACCACCGUCCGCAGGCUUCCAAACGACAUAUUCGUCAUCAUUGGCAAAUUCGCGGACUACCAGAGCCUUAGCCGCAUGUCCCAGACAUGCCAUGGGCUUCAAGAUCUCUUUGAGAAGGAAUUGAAAUCUUGGGCUAAAGCUCACGCCCUACCGGCACCAGAGAUCUACGAAAUGAUGGCUCAGAAUAGUAUUGGUCCGGGUGUUGUGCAUCUACCUGGUACUGAGUGGGCAAAUUUGGAACUGUCUGACCGGGAAAUAUUGUAUAAGCACUUUCCACACCCCCUGUUUGAAGCGGUUAGUGCCAGUCGAUAUGAUGUUGUCAAGGCAUACCUGGAUGCCGGUGUCAGUCCAGAUUCUUGCGACGUACUAGGCUAUCCAUUGUUGUUUGAUGCACUGAACCGCGGUGUCGAUAUAUCUAUAUUGAAGCUCCUCCUACAAUACGGUGCUGACGUACACGUAAAGUCAUUAUUCAAUGAUGACAGUGUGCUUAAACCGUUCAAAUGGGGAUACCCCACCUCACGCUUGUUUCAUGAGGAUGAUGUUGGCCGGAUUCUUCUAGAAGCUGGCGCCGUUGUUCCUCCCCAGGGUUCUAUGGACAUACGAAACCGCUCUUUGCUGAAAGAUAUUAUCUGUUCAGAGUCCAGCGUCUACCUCCUUGGGCUUAUCAUCAAGAAUGGGACUGACAUGACUGAAUUGUUCGCUCUGCAUCUUGUUGCCGGAUAUGGUUCGCUUGAGACGCUUGAGGCCCUUCUUGAGUACGCCCCGGACCUGCUAAAUAGCACGGACAGCUAUGGCAACAGAGUACUGGAACGACGGAGUUGGCCUGUCAAGCGCGAGAACGCGUUGUUUCUCAUCCAGAAGGGGAUUAAAAUCCGCCCGCUGCAUCGUAAUAAUUCGCAUGGAAACAGCGUAUUGGCGAGAUACCUCAAGGAUAAAGAAAUUCUACAGGCGCUACUUGCCCUCCCCGAGAUGGGGACCGAGGAAUGGGACGCGGAGUAUAGUUGGUGUAUAUCUGAGCUGGUUCUUAGCGGCGACAUUGAGACGUUGAAGCUUCUUCUGGGAUCGUGGAAGCAAACGGCUCCGCCUCAGAUAAUCAGCCUGUAUAGAGGCCAGUUGGUCCUUGGGGGUAAAUCGAGGGCGAGCCUUCCUCAUCAUAUUAAGAUCUACGAAGCAAUGAAGCAGAUAGCGCCUCUGAUAGAUGAAGAUGCCUGGUUCAACGAAAGCACAACAUCUCCAUGAAUUGGCGGAGGCUUUUUUGGAGUUAGAAUUGGCAAGCUUUCAGACAUCCCAGAAAGGUCGAAUUUACAUACAUUUCUGUUAUAAUAUAUGAUUGAAUGGGCUUUUUUUUUUCUUUUUUUUCAGACGGAUCCAUACCUUGGUAUGCACGUAGAAUUUAUUGUUCGGGUUUCCCUUUCUGAAAGGGUAG